CCUACAGCACCCCUUGACCAAAUCGAGCCCCACAUCAGGCGACUGUGGAAAGCCCACCUGACAGAUAAGGAGAUUGUUUCCGAAAUCCGCAAACAUAUCAAUAUGAGUGUCUAUGGUAUUGGCCUCACCAAGUUUCAGGAAAUUCGAAAGCAGCUUGGACUACUUUGCACCCACCAACAGGGACACACCUGCGAGAGUAUCCAAGACAUCAUGGUUGAGAUGUGGAAAAUGUACCCCGAUGCGGGGGUACGUGAGAUGAUUGGGCUGCUCUUUCAUGAGCACGGUAUGGCUGUCUCAAGAAGCGUGAUCCAAGAGUAUUUUGUUACCUAUGAACCCCACUUAUUGAAGAGCUGCAAAGCCAAAUGUUUGCAGCGUUGCCAUUUCUGGGCAGCCGGCAUAAACAAUAUAUGGGCUGUGGACCAGCACAACAAGUGGUUGCGUUUUGGCCUUGCGCUACACACCAGCAUCAAACCUUUUUCAGGCCAUAUCCUCUGGACCAGGGUUUGGCACUCCAAUCGCAACCCACAGCUCAUCCUCUCUUAUUACCUCAAUACUGUUGAAGAAUUCAGCUACAUUCCCAUGAUCACUCAAAGUGAUCCAGGUACCGAAAACUUCAGAAUUGCGAACACACAAACUCUACUGCGGCAGAUGCAUGAUCUGGCUCUUGAGGGCUAUGUUCAGCACCGGUGGAUGCAUAUGAAGAAGAAUAUCAAGCCAGAGAUAGCCUGGUCCCAGCUCUGCCACCGUUUCUCCCCAGGUUUUGAAUCUCUACUUGAUAUGGUAUGCCAUUCACUGCCUGUCCCUGUAUGUAUUCAAAGUGACCCCAUCCACAGCAUGGUUUUUCGAUGGGUAUUCAUCCCUUGGCUCCAAGUUGAGCUAAACAACUAUCAAGACCACAUCAAUAACAGCCGAAAGCAUCGUGACAAAAGAAAGGUUUUGCCUCACAGAAUCCCAGAACUCAUCUAUACAUGCCCAGAGGACUACAGGGCAUUGAAUUUCAAGGCAUGUCCUAACUAUCUUGUAGCUUACAUUUCAAUGCUAAUCUACUAUGUAUUUGUGCAUGAUGUAGAUAAUGGUUUCUCCAGACACCAUUGA